AUGGCUUCAAAGAAGACCAAGGCCGUCGCCAAUGACGACAACCUCGACGACCUCUUCUCCGGCAUCGACACCAAGCCCAAGAAGCCUUCCACUCACAAGUCCAAGCCCACAUCGGCCGCCUCCAAGGCCAUUGCGGACCAGGACAUUCUCGCCGACCUUGAGUCUGAGCUGGCCUCCGAGCAGCCGUCCCGCCCGCAUACACCCCGCCUCAAGGAUGUCGCCGCCCGACGCUCUACUGCGACGCCUCCCGCUGGUGACGACAGGGCUGCCAUGGCUAGUCGCAAGUCCACCGACAGCGCCAGAAGUCUGAGAACGACCUUUACCCCGAGUGCCACGAGCUCUGAUGCCCACGAGUCAGAGAAGAAGCCCGCCGUUGAGCCGGUCGUCGAGGAGCCGCCCGCUCCGUCCACUGGCGGUGGAUGGUGGGGUGGCAUCUUGUCCACGGCCACGGCCACAGCCAGCCUUGCCAUGAAGCAGGCUGAAGCUGCCGUCAGUCAGAUUCAACAGAAUGAGGAGGCUAUGAAGUGGGCAGAGCAAGUCAAAGGCCUCAAGGGAAUCGACGUUGGUAGCCUGCAAAAGUAUGGCGAUGAACUCCGCCACCGCGCCCUUCCCACCUUUACGAACAUCCUACAUACCCUCGCUCCUCCUAUCAGCUCCCACGAGCGCCUCCUUAUCCACAUUACCCACGACAUCGUUGGCUACCCCUCCCUCGACCCUCUCAUUCAUGGCGUUUUCGCCCGUGUCAUGUCCCAGGUCGAAGGUGGUGACCUCCUCGUCGUCCAGCGCGGCCAAGAGAGCAGCUCCCGCCGCAACAACGACAGCGCUGCUGGGUGGCGCGAUGGUCCAUGGUGGAGACAGGCUGACUCUCCUCGCGAACUCGGCUUAAUCAACGGACUGCCUGAGGGAACCAAGUUGUGUCGUGCCAGUGCCGAAUCGUACGCCAACGAAUACUUUGCCGCUACCGGUGGAUUGGAGCAGGCCAAGCUCAGAGCGACGGAAGACCUGAGUGAGACCAACCCGGUCAGAACCUCCGACCUCUUCCUCUCUGUCCAAGCCAUUUGCAUUGACGAGGACGAUGCUCUGUUCGCUCGCACUGCUUCUGCCGAAAAGGAGAAGGAGUCCUCGGAUGUCAAGGACCAGGAAGAGACUGGGGAGAUCAUCUGCUUCGCUAUCUUUAUCCUCGAUCCUGUUCAUGGUAUCGAGUUUUCUACCGUCAGCCAGUCUGUCCCUGCUCGAUGGGUCCAGUGGCUUGAUGCCCCGGCCCCGUUGACUCCCAGAUCCAACGAUGAGGGCCAGGAUAUUCCCGAGGUUAUGAUCCCGGAGGAGAUCAGAGAUAUCAUCGAGAGUGGUGGUGUCGAUCCACGGGAGUGGGUUGCUGAAUGGCUGGAGGAGCUCCUUGACCUCUCUGUUGGCAUUGUUGCCCAACGAUACGUUGCGCGCCGCAUGGGAGUAGGUGAGGGUGGCUUGGGCAAGGGCAAGCGAAGGAUGGAGGACCUCGUCGAAGACGGUGGUGGCGAGGCUGCUCGGGCCGGCAUCAUCUGA